GCUGGGGAGGUGGCGCUCCGGACGCCCCUCCCCUCGGGCUGGGACUGAGCCGCAAGGCGCCGCGCUUGGCAGAGCCGGGGCCGCCGCCGAGCGGGAAGUGGAGCACCGGCCGUCCCUCAUUUCGGCUGCUGCAGUUUUCCAAACAAACCGGGCGCGAUGGGAGUGUCUUCUUGGCCGUGGAGCUCAAUCCUCCUACCUCGUCCUGAAGCCACCCGCCGUCCUUCCUCGGCCCUUCCUUCGCGGUGAUUUUCCCGUCCGGGACCCGCAGCCAGGACGUGGGUCCGGUGUCCGCCCCGCGAGAAAGCGUUUGCAAGUGAAGGACCAGCACAGCCCUGGUCCUGGACUGUCUGGCAGAGGACCGCGCAGUUCAGCAGUCGUCCUGCCAGGCCUUCAAGGCUGGUCUCUCCUGUCCACAUUCUUCACUGUCAGGAACAGAGGGACUUGGGAAAUCAAUUCCUACAAGUGCAGGGUACCACCUCUGGAAAUGAAGCAGAGAAAUAAGAUCCAGCCCUGUUUAUCAAAGCCAGCUUUUGCCUCUCUCCUAAGGGUUCCUCAGUUUCACCCUUUUCUGUGUACAGCCGAUUUUAAAAAGAUUGCUUCCAUGUAUGGUAGCAAUAAGUUUUAUUUGCCCUAUGGGAUAAAAACAUCAGCGGAGUAUUUUCGACUUGCUCUUUCAAAACUUGAGAGUUGUGAUCUCUUUGAUGAGUUUGACAAUGAACCAUGUAAAAAGUGUGUGGUGGUUGGUAAUGGAGGAAUUUUGAAGAAUAAGACAUUAGGAGAAAAAAUUGACUCCUAUGAUGUCAUAAUAAGAAUGAAUAGUGGUCCUGUUUUAGGACAUGAAGAGGAAGUUGGGAGAAGGACAACCUUCCGACUUUUUUAUCCAGAAUCUGUUUUUUCAGAUCCCAGUCACAAUGAUCCUAAUGCUACGGCGAUACUCACUGUUUUUAAGCCUCUUGACUUAAAGUGGCUGUCAGAAUUGCUGAGUGGUGGCAAAAUAAAUGCUAAUGGAUUUUGGAAGAAACCAGCCUUAAACUUGAUUUAUAAACCUUAUCAAAUCAGAAUAUUAGAUCCUUUCAUUGUAAGGACGGCAGCUUUAGAUCUGCUUCAUUUUCCAAAAGUGUUUCCCAAAAAUCAGAAACCCAAACACCCAACAACAGGAAUUAUUGCCAUCACACUGGCAUUUCAUAUAUGUCAUGAAGUUCAUUUAGCUGGUUUUAAAUACAACUUUUCUGACCUUAAGAGUCCUUUGCACUACUAUGGGAAUGCCACCAUGUCCUUGAUGAAUAAGAGUGCAUACCACAAUGUGACUGCAGAGCAGCUUUUUUUGAAGGACAUUAUAGAAAAAAAAUUUGUAAUCAACUUGACAGAAGAUUGACCCUACUAACUCAGAAGAUUAUGCUAACAGUAUUAGUUUUAUUUUUAUACUGGAAUUUUUAGUUUAUUUUUAAAUAUGUUGGAUGGACUUGUCAAAUAAUUAUGUAUAUUAAUCUGUUGCUGCCUGGUGAUUCAUAACCACCAGCUUAAUCUUUGUGAAUAUAUUUAUGAAAACCAAGAAUUAUUUAGUUAAUUAUUUAGUUAUCAGGGAAAUAAGUUUUGAUUGCAUUGUUUUUAAAAUAAGUUUUUGAGGUAGUUUAAAAAAACAUCUUACGGUUAUUUCAUUUUAGACUUUUCAAAGAAUGUGGUUUCCUAAGCAAGGAGACUUUACUGCAAUUUUGACUAUGAUGUGACAUUUGGAGAGGUAUUAUUUGGUUAAUGUAAACACAGCAGGUGGGACAAUGCUAUGUGACCAUACCGUGAUACAGCAAACCAUAACUGCUUGGCUGUGGAAAGUCAUACUGCUUUCAUUCACUUUCCUCCCUCUAAAGUUAAUUAAGCCAUGAAUGUGAUUAGUAGUUAAUUUGAUAGAAGGAAGAUAGUAGACUUUUUUAUUUUUCUCUUCUUAAGUUAAAGGAAAUAGGCAAAACAGACAGUUCUGAAUGAGUAAAUUAUUAAAUUAAAUUACAAAACUCUGGGCGUUUUGCAUUAUUUAAAAAAAUUCAAAACCUUUUUACAAUUAGAUUUGGCAUAAUGGUGGCAAAAAUAUACACCUGGAUCAGGCUGAGUUUGUGAUACAGGCUUAAGCAGGAAUUCUGAAUUUGAUGUUGCAGCUCAUGGAGUAAAAAAAAAGGUGUUAGUAGGUGUUGGCUGGGUGGCAGAAAUAUGAAGUAUGAGAAGAUGGUCCACGGUAAAAGAGCCAGAGAUGCCACCUAUCCCAUUGAUGAGCUUCAGAGGAAAUGGCAAUGGCAGAGUGGAUUUGCCAUUUUAAACCUAAUCCACCUCCCAGGAUGAUCCAGAAAAUGCACCCUUCACUAAGAACUUGAGAAACAGGUUGGAGGCGAGCACAGCAUCCUUGAGCUAUGGCAUGGCUUAUCUCUGCAUGCUAGGCCUUACAAUGGGGAGCAUCGUUACUCAGUUGGAAAUUUAAGGGCGGUGGGUUUGAUUGGAUAUUAGAGUGGCAGAGGUCAAACUGGUAGCCUUGCUAAAGACAGCAGAAGCUAAACAACGAUCAGAGUGGCCCUGGCUGACUAGCCAGUGUUCCCAAAAGUGAAAUAAGGAGCCUACAAAAGUUUUACUAGAUUUAUGUAAUUGAAAAAAAAUGUAAGGGCAAAUGCACAGAAACCUACUUUGAGUCAUACUAACAGGAAAUCACAGCCCCUCAACCAGUUCUUGGAGUGUUUACAGGUCUGGAACCCCUUGAAUGAAGGGGAUGCCUGGUCCCUUUGAGGAAGGACUCAUGCACCAAAAGCUUCUAUGGUCACUCUUUCUCCCAUCCUUCCCCAAAAGGACCUAAGGCUUUUUGCUCAGGUGAAUGCACUGGAAGAAGGGAAAUGCUCAGACAUUUCAGGGACUACUGGUCAUUGGUUCGGAAUUAACUUUGAUCCCAGAGGAUUCAAAACGUCCUUGCGGCCCUCCAGUAAGAGUCAGGGCCUAUGAAGGACAGGUAAGGUCCAGCUCACAGUGGGCUAGGGAGCCUUGAAAUCUAUCCUUUAGUCAUUUCUCUUGUUCCUCAGUGCACAAACAAGAUAGAUAUACUUAGUACUUGGCAAAACUCUUACAGUGGUUCCUUAACCUGUGAGAGCCGUUAGGGUUGGAAAGGCCAAAUUAAAGCAGUUGCCUUUGCCUGUUAAAAUAGUUAAGCCAAAACAGUAUCACAUCCCUGGAGCGGCUGUGGAGGUCAGUGCCACGCUCAAGGACUUGAUGUGUGCAGGGGUGGUGGUUUCCACUGCCUCCAGAUUUAGGUCUGCGCAGGAGAAAGGAAUCUUAAGAGAAUGAUGAUGGGUUACAAUAAACUGAAUCAAAUGCUGGCUCUGACUGCAGCUGAUGUACAGAUGUAGCAUCCUUCUUCAGUAACACAUCUCCUGGGACUCAGUAUGCAGCUGUUGAUUUGGCAUGUGUCUUCCCAUGCCUGUCCAGAGGGACUAUCCAAAAUUUGCUUUCAGCUGCCAGUACACUCCACUGUCCUACCUCAGGGUUAUAGUAGCUCUCCAGCCCUGUGCCCCCACUCAGUUUGCAGGGAUCUUAACCUUUUUCUCUCUUACCAGGUAUCACACUGGUCCAUUACAUUGGUAUUAUGCUAAUUGCACCAAGUGAGCAGGAGGUAGCAACCACUUUAGAUUUGUUAGUAAAUCAUUUGAGAGCCAGAGGAUGGGAAAUAAAUCCAACUAAAAUUCAAAGUCCUACCUCUGAAAUUUCUAGAAAUCCAGUGGUGUGGGGAAUAUAGAAGUAUCUAAGGUAAAAGGCGAGCUCUUGCAUCUGGGUCCCCCUACAACCAAAAAAGACACAAUGCUUAGUAGGUAGGCCUAUUUGGAUUUGGGAAGCAGGUCAUUCCUCACCAAGUGUUUUAUUCUUGGCUUAUUUACUGAGUAACUCAGGAAACUUAGUUUUGAGAAAGACCCAGAGUAAGAAAAAACUCUGCAAGGGGUCCAACUGCUGUGCAGUCUGCUUUGCCACUGGGGCCAUAUGAUCCAGCAGAUCCCAAUGUACUUGAAGUGUCAGUGGUGCAUGGAGAUGUUUGGAGUCUCAGUAGGCCCCCACAGGUGAAUGAAGCAUUUAGAAUUUUGGAGUAAGCCUCUGCUAUUAUCUGCAGACAACUAUUCUCACUUUGAAAGAGUUCCUAGCCUACUACUGGGCCCUAAUGGAAACUGAAUGGUUGCCUAGGGAAUACCAGGUCCAUGUGAUUGAGUUGCCCGUCAUGAGCCUGGGUACUGUCUAAUCCACUAGGUCAUAAUGUUGACAUAUACAGCUAUGUCAAAAUUAUAUGGCAAUGGUGAAUGUGGCUUUGAGCAGAUUAAUCCGGUACAAGUAAAUUACAUGAGGUCGCCCAGCUGCCCAUGGCUCCUACUCCUGCAGUACUGCUUUGUUCCCCAGAAUGCACUUGUGUCCUCAUGGGAUGUACAUGAUCGGCUAGCAGAGAAAGGGCCAGCUUUCCAGAUGGUUCUGCAUGUUAUGCAGACACCACAAGCAAGUGGACAGCUGCAACAUUAUAGCCUCUAAGACAUCUCUGAAGGACAGAGAUAAGAAAUCUUCAGUGGGCAGAACUUUGGGUGGUGCACCUGGUAGUACAUAUUGCCUAGAAGGAGAAAUGGCCAAUGUGUGACUAUAAUUUAUGGGCUGUACCCAGUGGUCUGGUCACAUGGUUAAGAAUGUGGAAGGCACAUGACGGGAAAAUUGGUAGCAAAGAUCUGGGGCAGAGGUGUAUGGAUAGAUCUCUACUCAUGGGAAAAUGAUGUAAGAAUAUUUGUAUCCCAUGUAAAAACUCACCAAAAAUUGUCCUCAACAGAAGGGGACAUCACAAGAAAUGGUAACACUAUGGGUCUAGAUGUCACCCCAAAGUUUCAUGCAGAGAGGCUUUUCAGAGUUGAAUGGACAGAGAUUGCAUUUUGCUGCGACUGGCUUAUGUUGCAAUGCUAGGACCAAGUGUGCUAGAAUUAAGAGUGAAUGCUAUCUGCCUUAAGGGCCAAAGGCUAGCUAUGACAUAGAGAAAGAUGCUGCUCACUUCCUUGCUUCUUAUGUCUUCUGCCUGCCGUGAACUGUUGUUUCUCCUCCACAGCGCUCAUGAGCCAACCACCCUGCCUGCAGCCAGCCAA